AUGGCAAGCAACAAAAAUCGGAAACCACACGCCAUAAUGAUUUCGCUUCACCUACAAGGCCACAUAAUCCCUUUUGUGAAUCUGGCCAUAAAGCUUGCUUCAAAGGGCUUCUCCGUCACUUUUGCCCACCUUGAAUUCGUUCAUCACCAGAUCUCCAAGUCUCAGUUCAACUCCACAGACAUUGACAUCUUUGCUCAAGCUCGAAGUUCAGGCUUGGACAUCAAUUACACAACAAUCAGUGAUGGCUUUGCUGUUGAAUUCGACCGAUCCACUGACCUUUAUGUGGAGGCUUUUUUGUGUAGAUUUCCGGAGAAAGUAGAUGAACUGGUCGGAAAAAUAAUGCAGUCCCAUUCUUCUGCAGGUUCUAAUUUCUUCUUGGUUUCUGAUACUUUCUCCGUUUGGCCAGCAAAAAUUGCUGAAAAGUACGGAUUGGUGGAUGUAUCUUUCUGGACGGAGCCAGCGUUGGUAUUCUCUUUGUAUUAUCACUUGCAACUUCUAAGAGAAAACGGCCAUGUCCCAGUUAAUGGUCGACGGGAAAACGUCGAUUACCUGCCUGGAAUCCAGUCAAUCAAUACAAAAGAUUUUAUGUCAUAUUUGCAGGAUUCAGAAUUAACGUUGUUACACAAGUUAAUCUUCCAGGCAUUUGAUACAGUUAAAAGCGCAGAUUUCAUUUUGUGCAACACCGUGCAAGAACUGGAAACAGAAGCGAUUUCAGCUCUAAAAGAAAAACAGCCAUUUUAUGCAAUCGGGCCCUUGUUCCUCGGGGAUUUGAAGAAGAACCCGGUGGCAAGGAGCCUGUUGCCGGAAUCCAACUGCACGGAGUGGCUGAAUUCCAGGCCUGCUGGAUCGGUUUUGUAUGUUUCGUUUGGUAGCCUUGCCAAGACUGAUAAAAACGUGAUUCUUGAAAUUGCAGGUGGGAUUUUACUUAGUCAAGUGAAUUUUAUUUGGGUUCUUCGGCCUGGAAUGGUGGAUUCUGAAGGUGGAGGGAUUCUGCCGGAGGGAUUUGAAGAUAGGACGAGAGAUAGAGGGCUGAUUGUACCAUGGUGCACUCAGAAUCAGGUCUUGAUGAAUCCAGCAACUGGAGGAUUCUUGACACAUUGUGGGUGGAAUUCGAUAGUGGAAAGCAUAUGGGCUUGUGUUCCGAUGAUUUGUUAUCCAUUAUUCACCGAUCAAAUUACCAACAGGAAAUUGGUGGUUGAUGAUUGGAAAGUUGGCAUAAAUCUGUGUGAUGGAGCAUCACUUACAAGGGAGGAAGUUGCAGAGAAUAUUGGGGUAUUGAUGAGUGGGAAAAGGGCAGACGAGUUGAGGCAGGAAACCAAGAAAGUCAGAGAGACGCUGCAAAAUGCAUUAACGGAGGACGGAUCGUCAGAGAAAAAUUUCAAUUGUUUUGUUGAGGAUGUUAAGGAUGAAAUAGAGAGAAGAUGCGAGAAGAGGAUUUAA